CAAUGAUCAUUCAGAAUGGCUGCGGGUGUAUUGGUAGUUUUCAUGCUGGCUCUCGCUGUUAGACACUCUGUUCAAUGGAGCGGACAUGCAUGUCCCUACACUAUUGUCUCAUACACAUCAAGCUACGUGUGUAGUUGUCCCUGUUGGUGGUGGGGUUGCUGUGCUCACGCAUUGGUACACCAACCCAUUUACACUACAGUGUACAAGUGUUGUCCCGGGUGGAGGGACGAUGGAGAUGAAAACUGCAAUAUCGCAAUCUGCUACCCUGGGUGCAGUAAUGGAGGUACAUGCACGUCCCCAGGAAGGUGCAGCUGCAGGAGCGGAUAUACUGGAGCGACAUGCAUUGGACUCGACUGUAAUAAUGAGCGACCAUGCUAUCCAGGAGAAUGCCAAAGAAAUGGUGCUGCGGUUGUCUGCAACUGUAUGGAUGACUUCGAUGGAACGUUUUGCAUACGUCUAAAGGAGACCCAGGUACCUGAGGUCACACAGAUACGGGCACAGUUUUCAUACAUGGAAGAUGACGGUCAGAUGAGCAAGGACAUCUAUAGCCUCAUAGCAGAUGGCACGGAGGAGAAGGAAAAGGUCAUCGUAUGGACAAAUCGCCAACAACUGAACAAGCUGAACGUGACGGCCAGUGCUAUGUUUAAAGGCAGAGAUCUGCCAUAUCCCCCUGCUUAUAUCCCCGAAGCUAAGACUGGAAUUGCGAGAGCAUUUUUCAAAUUGAGUGGCCCUGAUAUAUCCUCACAAGACAAGGAACACCAGUGUGAUGAUGCGGUUGGCUCCGAAAACCCAAAGGAAACUGUCACCUGUACCUUUACUACAAGUUACACUAAUCCUUUGACAGAUGGUGACAAGUUGACCUUGACCUUCCGAGUUUCAAGUGGUGGCUUCCGGAAGCUAGUCGGAACAGGUACUACAGCCACACAACACUAUACCGGAGAGGAUGCUGUCAGCACUGUGGCCUUCCACGUUGACACGGGUGAACCGGUGUACAACAGCCCCAGUGAUGCUUUUCAGAUUCACCCAGAAUUCACAAAUAUGCCAGUCACCAUGAAGUGGGAAGGGUGGACCGAUGCUAAAUCUGGAAUGGACAAAUACACAUGGGAAGCCUUCAAACUUGAACCCACUGGGAACGGAAGCUUGACGGAAGUAGACAAACUGAGACCUUUUGUUCACAGACAAGUUGACCACACCGACCCCAUCUCCAACCCUCUCCCCUAUGCCCCAACAAGACCAGGGAUGUACUCCUUCGUCCUUGAAGCCGUGGACAAGGCCAAUAACUCUGUAUACAUGAGAAGGUUUGCACUGUACGACAAAGAGUCAGAAGUGACCACUGAUCCAAACCAUGCCCUGUUCAUAUCAUCUGCUGUACAAGACCAGGGCUUCCAGUGGAUGACCGAUGCCUCCAAGCCACUAGUGAUCAACUGGCAAAACCAUUUUCUCAAUUAUGUCCAUGAAAGUGGUAAAUUCCUCAACAACAUCCUCCCCUUCAAGGUAAAGGUUGUAGAAAAUCCACCAAUCUACAAGGAAGUGACGUAUGAAAAUGAUGAUCAUGAUGGCAGAAGAACCACAGCAGCUAUCUCCAAUGUACGUGGCAUUGUUAGGUUUGAGUGGACACAUGCUGUUAAUAAGACAGGGGGUAGCACACAAGCCACACCUCCCAACUGGGAUGAGAUCCCUGGUCUGAACACUACAAUGCAAAAAGAACUUGACAACGUUACCAGCGGGAGCACCGUUACUGUGUGGAUAAGGGCCAGGGACGUCGUCGACAACAAGAAAGUGGACUUCACAAGAGUAACCUAUGACUUGACUGAACCACAGUUCAGCAAAAUGACAUUCCAUCAAAACGAACUAUCAACCAUCCCUUUCAGCUCAGGGUUAGAGGUGACAAUGAAAGACCAGGAGAGCGGGAUUGAUCACCUUGCAGUCAAAGUCACAGAGAUUGGUGACGGCCAUUUAAUGACCCACAAGAACUUGACGAUUGCUUCUAUUCUGCCGCACAAAUGCACGGACAGAGUACACGACUGCUACUGCCCUAACGCCCUGAACGUGUGUUACAAACGAGUGUACAAACUGUUCAUCAGCAACUGCUGGCUGAUGGUGGCCAAGGACGCCCUCGAGACUGCCCAUGUUCAGAUGGAGGUGGGCGUGGUCAACAGGGCGGGGUUGACGACACGCAGGGUGCACCCGAUAAGGAAUCUCAUGCAGCUCAACGGAACAGAAGCAUUCUUCGGCCUUGAGAAUGUGAAAACAGAGAGGGUGAGGGACACAACGGUGCGUGUUACCUGGGACCACGCCCCAAGCUGUUACGAGAGGACCGCCAUCUUGGUCAGCUACGAGUGGGACUCGGGAGCGUCUGAUCCUGUGCAGGUCUUCAAAGACGCUAAAUCUUACGACAUCGUAGGCCUUGAGCCCGGCACCAAAUACAGAGUCUCUGUAACAGCAGAGUAUGGAGACAUUAAGAGUGUACCAAAAUCAUCAUAUUUCACCACAUCGGAUCUGUCAGGCAUUGGUGCAGGCGCUGUAGCAGGAAUUGUUAUAGCGCUUCUCCUUAUACUUGUUGUGCUGGGAGCUGUGUUCCUGCUGUGGAGGACCGGCAGGCUGGCGGUGCUCAUCAAGCAACGUGAGAACAGACAAAGUCGACGUGAAGGAAACAACAAUGCAUACGACGACGAAGACAUCUACCUCUACGGCGGCAUGACGUUCGCCACGGCUCAGACAUGGCACAUAUCCAUGGAAGACUUAACCUUAAAGGACAAGCUUCACACUGGAAGAUUUGCACAAAUGUAUAAAGCUUCUCACAAAUCCGGAAAAACAGCGAGCGAAGUGGCAGCAAAGGUUAUCAGAGAUAUACCAGAUGAAGAAAACAAGUUGCUGAUGAUGGCCAAGAUCAACUUUGCUGCAACACAGGUCGGAGAACAUCGCAACGUGCUGAGAUUUCUUGGCGCUGUUGUCAACAACGAUGCACUCGGCCCAAUGAUGGUCUUAGAGUACUGUGAAAAUGGUCAGCUGGACACGUGGCUCAAGGACAAUCGGGACAAAGUGGACAUGGACGUUCUGGAGAGGAUUCAGAUGUUUGUCUUGGGUGUUGCCAGAGGAAUGGAAUUUCUGGCCAAUAAAGAGAUUGUUCACCGAAAACUGGCUGCUCGGAACUGCCUGGUAACAUUUUUAUACGAGGUGAAGAUCAGUGGAUUUGGGCCGAGCUGCAUGGACGACACCAACGACGAUGACAACACCAACAAUGCAAAAGCGGAUCGAAUCCCUGUGAAGUGGACGGCUCCAGAGUGUCUUCAGUCUCUGAAGGAGGCCAACGAGAAGAGUGACAUCUGGUCCUUUGGCAUCACUAUGUGGGAGAUACUUAGCAUGGGUCAGACGCCAUAUCCUGACAUUCGAAGCAGAGAUCUACCUGCCAAAAUCAGGAACGGUUACAGACUCCCCAGACCUGAGUAUGCUGAAGACAUCCACUACAACAUGAUGGGCAGUUGUUGGGAGAAGAAUCCUCAAUCAAGACCUACCUUUGUAAAAAUUGUGCAGAAACUGGAGGUGUCCUUUGGCUUAAGACCUACCUCUGAAGCUGUGUAUUAUUACUGCAAAUAGCUGUCAAGUCACCAAGUUUAGAACGUGAUAGAAGUGUCUGUGUUUCAAGUACAUAAUAAGAAAUGAUCAGCACAUAAUGUAUAGUAUCAGUCAGUCAGAGAACGUGAUUUCAACGAUGAGUUGUUGUUUUCAUAGAGCUUUUAUAACCUAAAGUAUUUAAAAAAUGUCAAUAGUUUUGACUUUGUGUAUGUUAAAACAUAAAAAAUCAAUCAAUGUACAUACGUAAAGGUUUUUGUAAUGUAUGGUAGUCAGAUCCAAUUAGAUUAAUGUAAUUGCAUCCAUCGAAGACAAGUGGUGACAAUUGUCCUACCAGUAGGACGCCACUGUGACCUCCUUUCAAAGUGAUGUAUGCCACAAUUUCGUUCUGACAUCGAAUAAAUCAUAGUCCAACUAAAUAUUCUUAACAUAUAACUUCUAUAUAAGGUAAAAUUUACUUACACAAGAAUGUUAUGUGAAUAUUAGUUACUGCUUGAUGCAACAUUUAUCUGAUUGUGUUUUGUUUACGCCUCUUUGAAUAGCAUUUAGUCACAACAUCAUUUAAAUUAUGUCACUGCGUGUCAGGUUAAUGUGGGAGGAAAGCCCGUAGCAAUGCCAAAAAACUACUUUGGCGAAUAACAAAUGCUGAAAAGUCAAAAGCGAAAAUCAGGAUGAAAAUGGUAAUCAAACCCACGUCCACAGUCAUAGGAUUCUGGCAACGCCAAAGGAACGCAACUCUUCACAUGGUUGGGAGGGUGGGGUUGAAAUGUGUAAUGGUGGAUUAUAAAGUGUAUGUGCCUGUUUUCCUGCUUUAUUUUUUGCUUGCACGAAUAUGUGACAUGGAUAAGUAUUAUCUAUCAAAACGCACAAUGAAUAACUUGUGGAUAUAUUUGCAGUCGUUAAGCAAGGUUUUUCAUAUUUAAGAUGAAACUUAAAAAACGAGCUCUGUGAUUAGGACAGUUGCUGAUAUGGUCCGAAAUGGCUGAUUUACUGUCGGAUUUAAUGGUGGAGGUUUUGUGCUCUUUCAUUCUGGUUUUGAAGCCCAACAAACAGAAUCCAAACCAGUGUCUACCGGAAGCCCACCCUAACCGACCAGUAUAUCCACUUCAACUCCAACCACCACCUUAGAACCAAGACUGGCAUCAUCUCCAUCCUCAUCAAACGAGCCAUCAAUCAUCAAAGAUCAAGCCUAUUUCUUCCCAUCCGCCUACUAUGAACUCAUCAAGCAAUAAUAACUUAUCCUGUUUAAUUGGCUUCAUGCUCCUGUUGGCUUCCACAUAUGUGUUCUCUGUCCAUCGUGUUGUGACAGUAUUAUCCCCUUGGUGUCAACACCUACCUAUGUUAUCCCACUCAUAUAUGCAAAUGUUGUUGCUUUUAAUCCUCUACUGUUAAUCCUCCACCUACUACAUAUAUUCUGUACUAUGUUC